ACGACUUGGAAUGAAACAAAGAAACAUAAGCAAUAAACAUUCAGGGGAACUUGCAUUCUGAAACAGGGAUACAUUCAGCAGUAACUACGAUUGGUGAAAUUUGUCCUACCUAAUUAAGCUCAGAGAUAUGGCAAACUUGAUCUUGAACUAUGUCCCUGUGUAUGCAAUGCUACCAUUGGGAGUGGUUACUCCAGACAAUAACUUUCAGAACCAGGACGACAUCAAGAGACAACUCUACAAACUGAAGGAAGCAGAAGUCGAUGGAGUCAUGGUUGAUGUCUGGUGGGGAAUAAUAGAAUCAAAAGGACCUAAGCAGUAUGAUUGGAAGGCGUAUAGAAGCUUAUUUCAGGUCAUAAAGGAUUGUGGCUUGAAAGUUCAAGCAAUAAUGUCAUUCCAUCAAUGUGGAGGGAAUGUAGGAGAUGGUGUUUUCAUCCCACUUCCUCAAUGGGUACUUCAAGUCGGAGAUGGGAACCCUGAUAUCUUCUAUACUAACAGGAGGGGUACUAGGAACAAAGAGUACCUUACUCUUGGUAUCGAUAACGAACCUAUCAUUGGAGGGAGAACUCCCAUUCAGGCUUAUAGCGAUUACAUGAAGAGUUUUAGGGAGAAUAUGUCAGAUUUCCUAGAUGCUGGCACGAUAGUUGACAUCGAAGUAGGUCUUGGCCCAGCUGGAGAGCUCCGAUAUCCUUCUUAUCCACAAAAUCAAGGAUGGAACUACCCGGGAAUAGGAGAGUUUCAGUGCUAUGACAAAUAUUUGAAACAAGAUUUCAAAAAGGCAGCAACUGAUGCUGGCCAUCCUGAGUGGGAACUGCCAGAGAAUGCAGGACAAUAUAAUGACAGACCAGAAUCAACAGAGUUUUUCAGAAACAAUGGGACAUACGUCACUGAACGUGGAAGAUUCUUCUUGACUUGGUACUCAAAUAAGUUACUGAUCCAUGGUGAUCAGAUUCUAGAAGAAGCAACUAAAGCCUUUUGUGGCUGCAAAGUCAAGGUUGCAGCUAAAGUUUCUGGGAUACAUUGGUGGUACAAAGAUGGCAGUCAUGCCGGAGAGCUAACUGCAGGAUACUACAACUUGCGAGACAGAGAUGGGUAUCGACCAAUAGCAAGAAUGCUUUCACGACACUACGGGGUUUUAGACUUUACAUGUCUUGAGAUGAAGGACUAUGAACAGCCUGGUUAUGCUUCAAGUGCUCCACAAGAGCUUGUGCAACAGGUGUUAAGUGCAAGCUGGAGAGAAAAUAUAGAGGUAGCAGGUGAAAAUGCACUCCCCAGAUAUGAUCCUAAUGCUUAUAAUCAAAUGCUGCUGAAUGCUAGGCCAAAUGGUGUUAAUAGAGAUGGUCCGCCCAAACUGAAGAUGUAUGGCUUGACAUAUCUUCGUCUGUCCAAUCAGCUCCUAGAUGGGUGGAACUUUGGAGUAUUCAAGGCAUUUGUCAAGAAAAUGCAUGCUGAUCAAGCAUACUGUUCAAACCCUGAAAACUAUGGAAGGCAUGUCAUACCAUUGGAGCAGUCAAAGCCAAAGAUUUCAUUGGAGGAACUUUUAGAAGCAACCAAACCAAUGGAUCCAUUACCCUUCAACAAUGAAACAGAUAUGAAAGUAGUAGCUUGAGAAGCUUCUACAAUGAAGUGAAAUAAAAUCAAGGCAGUUGGGAAACAUGCAACUGUAGUAAGAUGUUUUUCAGUUUAAAUUGCCAAAAAUAAAGAUACCCCAGAUAGGCUAGUAAUAAGGAAUCACUGAAAGCUACUUGCUUUGUCGUGGGAUCCUAUCUGGAUGACGUUUUUUUCUUUUUUCUUUUUUUUUUGGUUUUUGUUGAUGUUCUGUUUUGUUUUUCAAUACAAUAAAAGCUCAUGUAAUGUAAGAAAAUUUCAAGAGUGCAAUAAAAUCUGAGAAGGAUAUAUUAUGCA